GCCAGACUCUGCCCGACAGUCUGUCUGUCAGCGUCAGGGACACAAGGACUCCUUCCCUUUCCAGCCUGGAAAGCCCCCUACAAGGCAGCAAGGAGGAAGGGUGUGACCUGCAGCUCUUGCAGCCCACCCGGGACCGUGGGCCCAGCCCACAGCCUCUAGAUUCUAGGGGCACCUGUCACUGGGCAGCCCCCAGUCCCUCGGGGGAAAAUGCAGGCUGGGGUCUGCCCUCAGGAGCACGUGCUGGGGUCUCCUACCACCCCAGGAUGGAUCUCUCUCUGGGGAUCUGGAUUCUGGGGACCAGGCAGUUCCUAGAGGUAGCAGGCACAAGAUGGGGUGGGGUGGCCCCACAGAAACCUCAGCCUUGGGGAAAGAGCUGAGCGCAGCACAUCUGUGACACCAGAGGGUCUGGGAGACCACGGCCAGCGGCCUAGGGGAAGUGGGUGAUGCCACAGGGAGGGGCCACAGACUGGGGCAGUGCACUUGCUCUAUGAGGGUGCCCUGGGUCUGUACGGUGGGUGGCGUAGGGGGCGCCCAUCUGGGUAGGGGCUCAGGGUGCUCACCCGGGCAGCCUUCCCUUCCCUGGGCCAAGCAGGCCUCCUCCUCCUCUUCUGGUGCCCAGCUGGUCAGGUCUGGGCCUCUCCAGAGACCAUCAGGGGCAGCUGGGGCCCUGGCUUCCUGUAGCUAACCCCACUCCCAGCAGAGGAGCAGAGAGGGAGGUGGGGGUGGGGACAGUGGUUGAUGCCAAAGGCCACGGGGGCAGGGGCGGGGCAGGAGUGGGAAGGCCCCAACUGCCCUCACCUUGGGCAGAUGAAAGCACAGUGCUUCCAGGCAGGGGCUGAGCCAGGGGCACAGCUGUGAUUUCAGGGUGCCUCUGUCAGAGUGGCUGCUGUGAUUUGAGAACCUCGGGUUUCUCCAGUGACUGAUUCUGGGAGGUUGUGAAUGAGUAAUGCCAGGCGUGGCACCACCUGGAGACUAUGGGCCUGGGGGGGCCUUGCUGGGGGGGCCCUGCUCUCGGUCCUCUGGCUCCUGUGGCUUCUGGGGUCAGCCCCAGGUGGUGUGCCAGAGCCCCAGCCCAUGGUCACCAUCCUCAUCUGGCAUUGGCCCUUCACCGACCAGCCCCCAGAGUUGCUGGGUGACACCUGCACCCGCUAUGGCAUGUCCCGCUGCCGCCUGAGCACUGACCGAAGUCUGCUGGCCAGUGCUGAUGCUGUGGUCUUCCACCACCGGGAGCUGGAGACCAGGAGGGUCCGCCUACCCCUGGCACAGAGGCCACGUGGGCAGCCCUGGAUCUGGGCCUCCAUGGAGUCACCCAGCAACACCCACGGCCUCGCCCGCCUGCGUGGCAUCUUCAAUUGGGUGCUGAGCUACCGGCGUGACUCAGACAUUUUUGUGCCCUAUGGGCGCCUGGAGCCCCGCUCUGGGCCUGCGCCCCCAGUGCCAGUCAAGAGCAGGAUGGCCGUCUGGGUGGUUAGCAACUUCCAGAGGCGGCAACAGCGUGCGAGGGUGUACCGCCAGCUGGCACCUCACCUUCAGGUGGAUGUGUUUGGCCGUGCCAGUGGGCGUCCACUGUGUGCUGACUGUUUGCUGCCCACCGUGGCUCCCUACCGCUUUUACCUGUCCUUGGAGAACUCACAGCACCGAGACUACAUCACUGAGAAGUUCUGGCGUAAUGCGCUGGCAGCUGGGGCCGUGCCUGUCGUGCUGGGACCCCCGAGGGCGACCUACGAAGCCUUCGUACCUCCUCAUGCCUUUGUGCACGUGGACGACUUUGGGUCUGCCCGGGAGCUGGCCGCUUUCCUCAAUGGCAUGAACGAGAGCCGCUAUCGUGGCUUCUUUGCCUGGCGUGACAGUCUGCGCGUGCGGCUGCUGGAGGACUGGCAGGAGCGCUUCUGUGCCAUCUGUGCCCGCUAUCCCUACCUGCCACGUGGCCAGGUCUAUGAGGACCUGGAAGGCUGGUUCCAGGCCUGAGCUCCCACAGCUCCCAAGAGGUCUGUGGGCAGAAGGCUGAUGUUGAAACCAAACCAUGGGCAUCCGGCCCCCAGUGGGUCCUGGCCUUCGAGAUCUUCAUCCCACUCGUCCUCUUCUUCAUCCUGCUGGGGCUGCGGCAGAAGAAGCCCACCAUCUCAGUGAAGGAAG